AUGAUUUCCAGGGGUUUUGGCAAAUGGUUCCAGGAAUCACCCGGAAGGAAUGAUCCCGGAAUGAGACAGAACGGAAUUCCUGACGCCCAAAUCAAGUGUCGGCAUUUGCCGACGCUUGAUUUGGGCGUCAUCAACAAACAACUCCCACUCUCUCAACCACCACCAUCAUCCACGACGCCAACCCACCUCGCGACACCGCCACAUCACCAACGGCCACCACGACGCACACAACGACGACCCUCAGUAAACGAGCGCGCCAACACGUUGCCACGUCGCUAUCAGCGACGUGGUAACCAGACGACGAACGACGACUUGCCGUCGUUCGUCGUCAUAGCUCAUCCCACCCAGCCUGCUAACACCAGGCACACGACGAGGGACAACCACGUCAACGCACGACCACGACCACCACGCCCACAGACGACGACACGCCUCACCACGUCAACGGAGGGCCACGCCAACAAACGACACGCCCACGACGACACCACCACCACGUCAACGGGCGACGACCGCGUCAAUGGACGCCCACACAUUAGUGGACGACGAGCGACCACCGCCACGUCAACAGACGACGACGACGAAGCCAACGGACAACGACGAAGCCAACGGACAACGACGAAGCCAACGGACGACGACAACGCCAACGGACGACGACACCAACGGCCAACGACGACAAUGCCGCCAACAGACGACAACGCCAACGGACGACGUCGACGAUGCCAAUGGACGGCCACGUCAACGACGACGAGCGUGUCCCGCUCCACCACGUACACACGGCGACAAGUGUUGUCCCUCCCCCUUUUCUUUCCCUCCCCCCUUCCUCCUUUGCUUUUCCCUUCCCCUGUCCCUCCCCAUUUCCAUGUACCCCUUUCCUUUCUCCUCUCUCUUUCUCUGUCUGUCCCUCCUCAUUUCCCUGUCCCUACUCCCUUCCUUUUCCCUAUCACCCUUCCCCCUUCCCUUCCCUGUCCCUACACCCUUCCCCCUUCCUUUUCCCUGUCCCUACACCCUUCCCCCUACCUUUUCCCUCCCCCUUCCCUGCCCAUCCCUUCCUUCCUCCACCCCCAUUUAUUUCUGCCCCCCUCCUCCCCCCCUUCCUUUAACUUAGAAUACAGCAUGAAGUCACAUAGACUUGGGUUUGGAUGA